GCAUGCUUGUGAUGAUCCAAGAUUUGUUUGUUUAUUUAGUUCAGCUCAUUGCCAAAGACCUUUUAUCUCGGACUUUCUUCAAUUCAUUCCUCAUCCAUCGGUUUCUCCUCAAGACUCGUAAGCAGUUUCGGGCAGAAUCCUACUACAGCUAUAUGCUCAUUGCAGUAUCAGCUGAACUUCUAGAUCCUGGCUCAUAUGAUCAAGUUUCCCCGGAGUUUGAAUGCCGCAGCUUGGGAGUUCGACCGCAACUAAAAUGUCAAUGCUGCUUGUCCCAUAAUGAUGAAGGAAGGCUCAGAUGCUGAAAAUGAGAAGUCAAGGAACAAAGUUAAUAAGUUUCAAGAGCAAGGUUUUAGCAUGCUACGAACCACAUAUAAAUUUGAAGCAGUUCAAAGCACUUCCCUCUAUUUUUGCACUGAGAAAG